CUGCAGCGCCUCUAGGCUGCAGAUCCAGCUCCUACCACCUGUGCUUGGCUCCACGUCCCGCGAAGCUGGGAGGAGAGAGGAGAGAGGGAGGAGGCGAAGGGAGGAGGAAAGCGGCAGCUUACACACGCCUUCCAGUCCCUCCACUCAGAGCAGCCCAGAGACCGCUGCUGGCGCCGCUGCUAUCGCUGCCACCGCCGCUACCACCUGAGGAGACCGCCUGGACCUGUCGCCCCAGUGUUGCCCCUCCCGGCAAUUCUUUCCUAGCACCAGGCUUUUUAUGCGCACUGCCACUACCAUUAUUAUUAUUAUUCCAAGAGAAGGAAAAUAACAGACCAGCUAAAAAGAACCACGUAUACCUUUCCGAAUUACUCAAGUGUUUCCCGGGAAGAGAGGGUCGCCGGCCCCGGGAAGAGCAGCCGAAGGGGUCAAGGGCGGGUGUUUACGGGGAGACAGGAGGAGUUGGGGCACUGCGUGGUGGAAAGUUGCGGGCGGCGGAGACCCGAAGGUGCAGCGCCAGAGUCCAGGGGGCGGUGUGUCUGGGACAAGCCGCUGCCCGCUGCGUCCGGACCCGCGAGCGCGCGGGCAGCGCGGGGCCGGGGAGGACGCCCCCUCCUGCGGCGCGGACUCUGUCGGUGGUCCCCGAGGAGGAGGAGGAAUAUGGCAUUGAAGGCGGCCUCCUCCUGCCGUCUGGUCUUCUGCCUCUUGAUCUCCGCUGCUGUCCUUCGGCCAGGUCUUGGAUGGUAUACUGUAAACUCAGCAUAUGGAGAUACCAUUGUCAUGCCUUGCCGACUCAGUGUACCUCAGAAUCUCAUGUUUGGCAAAUGGAAAUAUGAAAAGCCUGAUGGUUCCCCAGUAUUUAUUGCCUUCAGGUCCUCUACAAAGAAAAGUGUGCAGUACGACGAUGUACCAGAAUACAAAGACAGACUGAACCUCUCAGAAAACUACACUCUCUCUAUCAGUAAUGCAAAGAUCAGUGAUGAAAAGAGAUUUGUGUGCAUGCUUGUGACUGAGGACAAUGUGUUUGAGGCACCUACAGUCGUCAAGGUGUUCAAGCAACCAUCUAAACCCGAAAUUGUAAGCAAAGCCCCAUUUCUUGAAACAGAGCAGCUUAAAAAGUUGGGUGAGUGCAUUUCAAAAGACAGUUAUCCGGAUGGCAACAUCACAUGGUACCGGAAUGGAAAAGUUCUGCAACCCCUUGAAGGAGCGGUGGUCAUAAUUUUUAAAAAGCAAAUGGACCCAGUGACUCAGCUCUAUAUCAUGACUUCAUCCCUGGAGUACAAGACAACCAAGGCUGACAUUCAAAUGCCAUUCACCUGCUCUGUGACAUAUUAUGGACCAUCUGGCCAGAAAACAGUUUACUCUGAACAAGCAGUCUUUGAUAUUUACUAUCCUACAGAGCAGGUGACACUACAAGUGCUUCCAUCAAAAAAUUCCAUCAAAGAAGGGGACAACAUCACUCUUAAAUGCUUGGGAAAUGGUAACCCUCCUCCUGAGGAGUUUCUGUUUUACUUACCAGGACAGCCCGAAGGAAUACGAAGUUCAAAUACUUAUACAUUGGCAGAUGUGAGGCGCAAUGCAACAGGAGACUAUAAAUGCUCCCUGAUAGACAAAAAAAGCAUGAUUGCUUCAACAGCCAUCACAGUUCACUAUUUGGAUUUGUCCUUAAACCCAAGUGGGGAAGUGACCAAGCAGAUUGGCGAUUCUCUGCCUGUGUCAUGCACAAUAUCUGCUAGUAGGAACGCAACUGUGGUAUGGAUGAAAGAUAACAUCAGGCUUCGAUCUAGCCCAUCAUUUUCUAGUCUCCAUUAUCAAGAUGCUGGAAACUAUGUUUGUGAGACUGCUCUGCAAGAGGUCGAAGGACUAAAGAAAAGAGAGUCAUUGACUCUGAUUGUAGAAGGAAAACCUCAAAUCAAAAUGACAAAGAAAACUGAUCCCAGUGGACUGUCUAAAACAAUAAUCUGCCAUGUGGAAGGUUUUCCAAAGCCAGCUAUACAGUGGACAAUUACUGGCAGCGGAAGCGUCAUAAACCAAACAGAGGAAUCUCCUUAUAUCAAUGGCAGGUAUUAUAGUAAAAUUAUCAUUUCCCCUGAAGAGAAUGUUACAUUAACUUGCACAGCAGAAAACCAGCUGGAGAGAACAGUAAACUCCUUGAAUGUCUCUGCUAUAAGUAUUCCAGAACACGAUGAGGCAGACGAGAUAAGUGAUGAAAACAAAGAAAAGGUGAAUGACCAGGCAAAACUAAUUGUGGGAAUCGUUGUUGGUCUCCUCCUCGCUGCCCUAGUUGCUGGUGUCGUCUAUUGGCUGUACAUGAAGAAAUCAAAGACUGCAUCAAAACAUGUAAACAAGGAUCUUGGUAAUCUGGAAGAAAACAAAAAGUUAGAAGAAAACAAUCACAAAACAGAAGCCUAAGAGAGAAACUGUUCCACUUGUUGUCCAG